GAUUGAUGAUCUGAUCUCGGACUCUACUAAUCAUCUUUCCAUUCCAAUAUUUCUGACAGGGUUUUACCUCCACACUUCCAUCUGAUCCGCUGGAGCUGAAUUUGAGGAGCUUCACUGCGUUCUGCUGAAAACAUCAAGGUCCUGCCCAUAUAAAACCCAUGACUGCAGUGGUGGCUGUGAAGGAGCAUGUGAUUGGUCGGAGCUCCUGAAAGAACACGGCUGAUGAAUUUGCCUAAUUGGCAUCUUCCUGCUCUUGUGUUAUGACCAGCAGUGAAAAUGAGAAUCACCUGGAUGUCUCAGACUCUGCUGCUGCCUUUGAACAGGAAAGUCUGGGAACUUACCGAAUUCUCCAUCAGAGUGGUUUCUUUCUCUCUGGUCAUAUCGGAGUAUGUAGCGGCUUUCUGCUUGUUUGAGUGCUGGGAGAGCAAACCUGGGAAGGUUGGAUAGAUCACCUCAUAACUGGAUGAGAAGUGGUUCUCAGUGUUCCAGAGUUCUGAAAAUCACAUCUGCAUUUCAGCUUUAUGCGGAUAAUUUGUUCAACGUGACCUGUUCAGAACAUCUGCCUUAUUUCCAACUAGGAUGAAGUCAAACGAGGUAAAAUGUGAGAACCCUGAACCCGGCGAGAUCUCCAUCAGCCUCCAGAGUCCAUCCGGUUCCUUUCGCGUGGACGCCCCUGACGUUCGAGCGCAGGCUGAGGCUCACCGCUGCUCGCAGUGCGGGAAGUGUUUUGGUAAAAAGACUAACCUCAGACAGCACCAGCGAGUCCACACCGGGGAGAAGCCGUACCAGUGCUCGUACUGCUGCUCCAGGUUUACCCAGCGAGGGAAUCUCCAACAGCACCUGCGCAUUCACAGAGGAGAAAAGCUGCAUCGGUGCUCGCAGUGCGGGAAGAGCUUCACUCAGAAAGGUCAUCUCCAGCGCCACCAGCGGGUCCACACCGGGGAGAAGCCGUACCGCUGCUCGCAGUGCGGGAAGAGCUUCGCCGAAAACAACAAGCUCAUUAAACACCAGCGUGUCCACAGCGGAGAGAAACCCUACCAGUGCUCGGACUGCAGGAUGAGUUUCACGGAAAGGAGUAACCUCCAGUUACACCUGCUCAUACAUACAGAAGAUAAACCCUAUUACUGCUUCGAGUGUGGGAAGAGCUAUACUCAGAAAAACACACUUCGGGUUCACCAGCGCGUCCACACAGGGCAGAAGCCAUAUUAUUGCCCUCAGUGUGGGAAGGGUUUUACCACGCACAGCAGUUUCCAGCAACACCAGCGCGUCCACACGGGGGAGAAGCCGUACCAAUGCUCCCAGUGCCCCAAGAGCUUUAGUAACCAGAGCAACCUGCGGAGACACCAGCGCGUUCACUCGGGGGAGAAGAUCUUCCAGUGCUCCGAGUGUGAGAAGAGCUUUAGUAACCAGAGUAAUCUACAGCGACACAGACACCUUCACAGACCCGAGCAGUUCCCACUGCAGGUGCUGCAGGAGAUUGCAUCUCUCGAUGAAGUUCUUGUCGCAGAGCGAACAGUGAUGCGGCUUCUCUCCUGUGUGGAUGUGCUGGUCUCUCAGGACAGCAUCCUCUCAGUUGAAGCUCUUCUCGCACUCCGAGCACCGGUACCGCUUCUCUCUGGUGUGGACGCGCUGAUGUUUGACGAGUCACCGUCACGAGAAAAUCAAGACAUGAAUUCAGAAGAAAUUAACAUUGAGAAUCCAGAACCCACAGAGAUUUUGGUUACUGAGGAAACCUCUCCUGACACAUUUCACACCUGCACAAAGAACUUAUCGAAGGUUCACAUCUGCUCUCAGUGCGGGAAGAGCUUCAGCCAGAAGAGUUACCUGACGACCCACUGGCGCGUUCACACCGGAGAGAAACCAUACCAGUGCUCGCACUGCGGGAAGAGCUUCAACCUGAGCAGCAUUCUCAGGAAACACACCCGGAUCCACACAGGGGAGAAGCCAUAUCCAUGUGUGCAGUGUGGGAAGAGCUUCAGCUUGAGGAACACUCUGAAAAGACAUCAGCGCAUCCACACGGGGGAGAAGCCGUACCAGUGCACCCAGUGCGGGAAGAGUUUCACAGAGAAAGGAAGUCUCAGACAGCACCAGCGGAUCCACACCGGAGAGAAACCCUACCACUGCCCUGAGUGUGGUAAGAGGUUUUCGGUCCAGAGCAGCCUUCAGCAUCACCAGCGCAUUCACACUAAAGAUAAACCCUAUAACUGUAUAGAGUGCGGGAAGAGCUUCCGAAAAGGGGCUCAUCUCCAAGCGCACCAGCACGUUCACACGGGAGAGAAACCCUACUACUGCUCAGUGUGUUGGAAGGGCUUCAGCCGGCACGGAUGCUUUCUGAGACACCAGCUCAUCCACACCGGAGAGAAACCACACCGGUGCCCGCAGUGUGGGAGGAGCUUUAGAAGGCGGUCCCAUUUACAGCGACACCAGCACAUCCACACAGAGGAUAAACCAUAUCACUGUUCGGAAUGUGGGAAGAGUUUUAGAGAAGAACCGGAUCUCCAGACGCACCGGCUCGCUCACAGCAAGGAGAAGCCAUACCAGUGCUCGCAGUGUGAGAGGAGGUUCGGGAACCGAAGCCAUUUUCAGCGGCACCAGCGCGUUCACAGGCCCGAGAACGUUCACGUCUGGAGGUUCUCAUCAAGUGGCCUAGGAGUCGAUUAUACUGCUGUGCUACAACCUUUUCAAGGAUCUUUUAAAGAGGUUUUAUAUUGGCCUGUAAUUGGAGAGCUAACAGGUGUUGACAGAUAUGAGUGGCCUGCUCCUGCUACCCUGCUACCUACAGAACAUACAUUUAUCGCUGCAAGAACAUCAACAGAUUCAACUGAGAUGGUCUCCUUUGUUGUGAUUAAAUGUGAGGAUCUGGAAUCCACAGAGAUCUUUAGUAGUAAUCAAAGCUCAUCUGGUACUUCCCACACUAGUGCCCCUUACAGAGAAGUGAAAAAUGAAAUUCACCAGUGCCCAGAGUGUGGCAAGAUCUUCAGUCAGAGGAGGACUUUGAAGGAGCACCAGCGCAUCCACACAGGAGAGAAGCCGUAUCAUUGUUUAGACUGUGGGAAGAGUUUUAGUCAAAACGGGAAUCUCAAGAAACACCAGCGGAUUCACUCUGGUGAAAAGCCGUAUCAGUGUCCUCAGUGCGGCAAGAAUUUUACGAGUCAGAGCGAUCUUCAGCGGCAUCAGCGCACUCACUCAGGGGAGAAGCUGUACCAGUGUACGCAGUGCGAGAAGAGUUUUAUUGAGCGCAGCAAUCUUGUAAAGCACCAGCGGGUUCACACUGGAGAAAAGCCGUAUCAGUGCUCGGACUGUGGGAAGUGUUUUACCCAAAAACCUCACCUCCAGAAACACCUGCGCACUCACACCGGAGAUAAACCAUUUCACUGCUUAGAGUGUGGGAAGAGUUUUACUCAAGAAAUUAACCUCCAAAUACACCAACGUGUCCACACGGGGGAGAAACCGUACCACUGUACACUCUGUGGAAAGAACUUUACCAACCAGACUAAUCUUCUGCGACAUCAGCGCAUUCACACGGGCGAGAAACCGUAUCAGUGCUCAGAGUGCGAGAAGAGUUUUAUAGAGAAAGGUUUCCUGAUGCAACACCUACGGACUCAUACAGGAGAGAAACCGUAUCAGUGUUCAUACUGCGGGAUGAGUUUUACACAGAGGGGUAACCUCAGAACACAUCUACAUGUUCACACAGGAGAUAAACCGUAUAAGUGUUUAGAGUGCGGGAAGAGUUUUAUCCAGGAAGCCAAUCUUCAAGUGCACCAACACGUUCACACUGGGCAGAAACCGUAUUUCUGCUCAGUAUGCGGGAAGAGCUUUAGUAGGCAUAGUAGUUUCCAGCGACACCAGCUCAUCCACACUGGAGAGAAACCAUAUCAGUGUUCAGAUUGUGGUAAGAGCUUUACACAAAGGGUAACCUCAGAAAACAUCUACAGGUUCACACCGGAGAAAACCCGUAUGAGAUUCUGGAUUGUGGUACGAGUUCUACUGAUUAAGCUGAUGAAACCCCAGAGGAUGCAGACAGUAGAGGUGUUUUAGUAGAUGUAGGAACACAAGCUCCAUCACAGGGAUCCAGGAGAUCCAGGACAUUGCACUCUUCUUUUUAGAGAAAAGUGUAGGGAUUAUCUAGAUCACUUCAGUGUUUUUUCAGGUCAAGGGCAACCACAUUAUACCAAGCAUCAGACCUUGAAGUCAAUGUGGUGUCCAGGCAGGUACGAACAAGGAGCAACCCAAUCCGCUCCACCAGCAGUGUUUAUACACAUUGGUAGAAAGAUAUACCAAAUUAUACUUUUAUUUAACUUUUAUAUUUUGGAAUGAUAUUUCUUUCCUAUCACUAUGAGCUGAUGUCAUGGCAUUAGGGGUAUAAUGAUACAAUGCUAAAUGAUGCAUCACGAUGCAAAAUUGUAACGAUUGAUCUUAUGUACAUGAGCACCAACACAGAAUGGUGUAAAAGUCAUUAAUAGUUUUGGAUUUCCAUUGUACUAAAAGAAAUUAUAUAAAUUAUAUAUUUGAUUGUUUAAUAAAGUAAAGUUGGGAUUUGAGAAGAUCUGUAAUUUAUAUGAUUUAUAUGAUCUAUUUUCCAUGGGUUGGAUGUGUGUGAAAAAUGAUCUACCGUAUUUUUGGGACUAUAAGCCGCUACUUUUUUCCCACGUUUUGAACCCCGCGGCGUAAACAACGAAGCGGCUAAUUUAUUAAUUUUUUCUGGGUUUUUCCCGGUUUCACAAACUUCAUGCCAAAAAACUGAA